CAACGUGCUACCACGGUAACGAGAAUUAGCCUGAACCUGAAAUGUUAUUUUAACUUAGAUACGCAGCUACGCGAAACUGGCUUAAACGAGUUUACAUGAAAAUAAGUUAACAACAAAAACAUUUUAGCUCUUUCUGUUGGCUUUGCAUUUCCAACAACAGCAGGUGUCGGAGGGGGGAGGAGAAGAGAGGAGCCACGGUCCAGAUACCAGGGGACGAUGCGGCAAAGACUCGAGGACCAAGCAGGCAAGAUGAACCAGGAAGAGGUUUUGGCAACGCUGAAGAAGGACGUUCGCUCCUUGCUCAUUUCAUCCAAGAUGGGGCUGGAGCCUGAACAGCUCAAACGAGACUACUACGCCAUGUUGGGACAUCCAAUGCCCCUGAAACUCCUAGGGUUCAGACACAUCAUGGACAUGGUGAAAGAGAUACCUGACGUUGUGUCUGUGAACUUCAGGGAAGAUGGUAGCCCAUACUUAAGGGCUGUAAGUGAUGAAUCCACCCGAAACAUUGAGGAGCUCGUUGCCAGGCAGCGUACAUCUAAGACAGACAUGAAAGUCAGGAGGGGAGGUGUUAACUAUUUCUCCCCCCGAUACCGUCCUGCGUCCGCCUCUGUGGUCCUCCCAAGAAGAGGUCGGACUCCUCCACCCAUUCCUUUUCAGCUGAGGGCACAACUCCGCCUCCUCCUUUCCAAGGGUCCCCUUAGGUUGUCCGACCUGGAGGUGACCUUUUUGCGCUGCUUUGGAUACCCGCUGCGUGUCCACAGCUACGGCUUCUACUGCAUCGGAGAAAUGCUGGAGGCAGCGGCCGACAUGGUGAUCAUCCAGCAGGGCAGGCUCGGCUCAGUUCUGGCCCUGAGGGAACAGAUGAUUCCGAGUCCGGUGUUCAGAUCGUUCAGCUCACAGAAGGAGACGACGCGGAUAAAUCCAGGCUCGGCUUUGACUGACACGACGACCUCCAGGCGGCCAGACGUCAAUGUCCAGACACCAACCAGAUCUCCAAAAGAUCCAGUGAUACCGAAUCCUCCAAACCAACCCUCUACUGGGCCCACCUUGGACCCUGUCAGUAAAGACUCAACAACUGUCAGUAGCUGCCAGGAUGGUCAGCUCUUUCAGCAACGUGUCCUCAAGCUGGAGGAGGAGUUUCGUCAGCAAAUCCUGGAGAAUGGUGUAGCUGGCGUCAUUAAUCAGGAGCUGAAGGACAAGCUGCAAAAGGUUGUAGGUCAGACCGAUGGUGGAUUAUCAGUUCAUGAUCUGCCCGCCGAGUACAAGAGGCUUUUUGGUGAAGACUUGCCUCUCGUACAGAGCGGCUUCAUCAGCGUCACUGAACUUGUUGGAGCCAUGAGCGACAUUUUCCACUUGACGCCAGCAGGGGGAGACAACGGGAACGACUGGAUAAUCAUGGACAUAGUGGAGAGUGCUGACUCCAAAGACACCGAGAGUUUUGCUGAUGGUGUGAAGUCACCUGCUAUGAGUUACUACUUUAGUAGCGGAGAUUCUCCCUGGGAGGGUAAACUGGCAGGAGAGAGCGAUACAGUCACAGCAGAUGAUGAGAAGGUGGAUUUUGAGAUGAGAAACAACACCAAAGAAGUGAUCUCCGAGAUUUACCCUGCUAUUCAGGCGCAUUGCAAGACGACAUGGCCUUUGGAUGCCCUGCGAAGUCAGCGUCUCAGUCCACCGACACAUCACGGUGCUCGGGAGCUGGUGGAAGUCCUGGUGGAACAGGUCGGGUCGCCUGGACAUUUCUACAUCCGUUACAGCAAGAGUGAGGAGGCCCGAGCUUUGGAGGACAUGAUGAUCGAGAUGAGACGAUGUUACACCUGUCCCGAGGUGUCGGAGCGGUACCGUCUUCCCAAGCAAUUUGUCCGGCGAGGUCAAGCCUGCUGUGUGUCGCCCAAAGGAAUGUGGUUCUACCGGGUGGUGAUCCACCAGGUUAUCAGCCCCACUCAGGUUGAAGUCUACUAUGUGGACUUUGGAGAUAUAACGGUGGUGCAGAGCGCCAGCCUCAAGUUCCUCAAGUCAGCUUAUUCAGUUCUUCCGGCACAAGCUGUUCCUUCUUCACUCACUGGAAUUAAACCCACCACUGGCAGCUGGACCCCUGAGGCCACAGCUUCUUUCCAGAAGCUGUGCUCAGGCCGCACCCUAGUGGGAGCUCUGGAUUGUUACACGGGAGAUGUGCUGCUGCUUUACUUGUGUGACACGCACACCGAUAUCGACAUCUAUAUCCACACUGUCCUGAUGAGCCAGGGCCAUGGGACCGCAUGCAGCACUGCAACCACUGCAGCAUUGUGUAUUCAGGUCACCCCAGUGAGUCUUUACCUGGGGGAGGGAAUGGUUGAUCUGCCUGAGGUAGAAGAGGAGAUGAUUUCGCUCGGCGAGCCAGAAGACAUUCUUGAACAGUCCGUGAAGGUUGAAGACGACGAACUUCCCGCCCUGGAGGUCAUUGAGGAGAAUGAGGUCACCUCCCUCCUCCAGGAGGCCAACCAGUACAUUGCUCUGCUAAACGACCAAACCCUCUGCUGUAAUAAACCGGUCUGGGUCUUGACCAACAAAUCACCCCCUGUCAGCCACACAAGUCCCACCUCCAGCCCUCUGGCUCCUCCAGACCUGAUCCAGACCGAGGCCACCCCGGCUCGCUGUAAAGCUGAUCUUAAAACGCCGAACAUCACUCCUCCUCCUCCGCCGACUGAUUCCAGCAGCAGCUCCAGCUCCUCCUGUCCAACACCAGAAGAGCUGCACUUCUAUCCCAAGACCAGCACCCCGUCAUUGAUCAGACCGUCUCUGAUCCCCAGCACCCUGAUCCUCCACUCCCCUGACUUGAGCCGAAUCCAGAACAGCCCACUAGGCGUUCCUGUAUUUCCCAUCCACAGACGAAAUCCCAGCGUCAUGUUCCCUCUGUUUGGGGCCAGGUAGGUCGUUCAUCCUGCCUCCCCCCAAAAAAACAACCUAAGAAUGAUUCAGGGCAAAGAUGAAGGAAUACUCAUCCAUCAGUGAAUAAAGAGCUGCUGAAAUCUCGACAGUCAUUGAAAUCAUUUGUCACCAAGGACUUGAGUUAAGUACAGACUAUUCCUUCAAAGUUCAUUUUCAUUUUUCAGAGUUAAUCAGGAUUAGUUAAACUCUGUUGCACUAUGUUUAUUGGUUUAAUAUUGGUUUAAUAUUGAUGUACUUGUAUUUCUAACAGUUAAGUCUUGGAAGACAAAAAAAGCAAAAUACAGGAAAUUGAUUCUGGUUCUUUUAUAAACGCAAUUGAGCUUCAAAAUGGCUUCUUGUUUGGAAAAAAAAAAAAAUAUUUUCUGUUCUGAUCAUUUUCUCAAAAGACAUCAAGUUGCCCAAUGUGAUGGUUUAAUUUUGUAUCAGGUUGGGUUAGAACAGUUCAAAAGGCUAUUAUAAUGGACAACAAAGAGAAAAAACAUGACAAAUGUAAUUUUAUUUUUGAAAAUAAAUCUUUAUUUGAAUAUUUUA